CUCUGGAUUCCGUUUUCACAUACACACACACUCCCUCUCUCUCCCCCUCUCUCCUUCUCUCUCCUUCCCUUUUCCUUCUCCCACUCUCUCCUUUCUCUCUCCCUCCUCUCUUCCCUCCUCUCCCCAUUCCCACAUCUCCCCAUUCCCUCCUCUCCCUCUUUCAAACCCCCAGUCCUCAAGACGUUCUCGCCACACUCCUCAACAACCUGAAGGUACAGGAGCGGCAGAACCGAGUCUGCACGACGGUUGCCAUAGCAAUAGUUGCCGAGACGUGCUCCCCGUUCACCGUGAUCCCGGCCCUCAUGAACGAGUACAGAGUUCCGGAGCUGAACGUGCAGAACGGAGUCCUCAAGAGCUUCUCGUUUCUGUUUGAGUACAUCGGGGAGAUGGGGAAGGACUACAUUUACGCCGUCACGCCACUUCUUGAAGACGCUUUGAUGGACAGGGACCUGGUACACAGACAGACAGCCUGCUGGGCGGUGAAGCACAUGGCUUUGGGAGUGUAUGGCUUCGGUUGCGAGGACUCCCUAACGCACCUCAUGAAUUACGUGUGGCCAAACGCGUUUGAAAUAUCUCCGCACAUGGUCCAGAGUUUCAACGACGCGGUCGAUGGGUUCAGAGUUGCCGUGGGUCCAGGGAAGGUCCUACAAUACACACUGCAGGGUCUUUUCCAUCCGGCGAGGAAAGUACGCGAGGUCUACUGGAAGAUAUACAACAUGCUCUACAUUGGAUCGCAGGUGAGGAAGGGGUUAAACUUAGAGUGGGAGGAAAGGGUUAAAUGAAAGAGUGGGAGAAAAGGGUUAAAGAGUAGGAGAGGGGAGAAGCAUGGGGCAUUACCUACCGAUUUUUUUUAUUACCUCUGGGUUGUUUAUAAACAGGGGGAUAAAACAAUGUGGAAUAGAUACCUAAUAAUUGCAAGUAGGAAAUGGUAGGUGAAGGCCUAAUUGGAUUAGAUGGUGACCAUUCCUUAGCUAGAAGGUCGCCUGGAGUUACAGCAGCAGUGUGCCUCACCUUGAAAGGAAGGUGGAAAGACUAGGCCUGGAUUCACAACGUUGACUGAGUGACCGUGGUGUGCUGUGAUCAACUUUAGGCAUACAAGUGUUAAUUAAAACAGCAUAAAAUAGAAGGUCCGUUUCAACAGAACUUUAAUUUUCAGUUACAAUCCCAAGGUUCACUACUCCUGAAUGCUGCCUGGACCCAAGGUGUCUGGAUUAGACUGUAGUACAUUCUGCUAUUCAUAGCCACUGAAGGGUAUUCACAGUUUGCUGGCAGUGGGGGUGAAUGUGUAGGAUGGCAUCUGAAUUUUGUACGUGAGUGCUAUUUUGCCUCGUAUUUCCCUCGCUCUCUCACUUGCCGGCAGGGGAACGGAGCAAAUUCACCCGAUCUGUGACGGUAUUCACGUUUCUGUUUGUUUGAAUCUGAUGCAGUCAAUACGAAUGGUAUAAUAAUUAUACUGCCAGUGCCCAUUGUGCAGUUUGUUUUUUUACAACUGCUGGAUGCUCUGGUGGCUCACUACCUAAGGGUUCCAGAGCCUCAGUUCAUUCGACAUGAGUUGGAUAUUUUUCUCUGAGACUAUUAUAGACGAUGACUGAUGCAGCAGCUCUGAACUUUGCCAUGCUCAAUAAUUUACUAACUCACUCCUAAUUAAUUUCACAUCGUCUCAAUACUUAUUUAUGCGCGCGCGGACUGACUGACUGACGUUGUGACGCAGUGUAAUACUGUACGUGGGUGUUAGUUACACGGGCCUCUCUGCAGAGACGCAUAAAAGGCCUGGCUGAGCCACUCGUGCAAGAGUGUAGAUACAGUCCCUGAGCUGAAGAUUACCGUGGCAACGAUUAUAGCAGCAGCGAGGCCGCAGCAGACCGUUCUUCCCGACUCUCCGAAUCUCGGAUGUCUUGUCCGAUGCACAAUAGCAGCGUCCUGCUAGUGAACCCGCACCACUACCACUCGUCCAGUCCCGCCGUCGGUCGCGGUCUCCGUUCCCCCGUUGAUAUGUCCGGCGCCAAGUUCAACAUGCGCCACUAUUCGCUCGAGUCUCCCUCCCUCACCUCCCCUCCUGCGUACGACAUUCUGCUGCCGGGAGCUGUCGGCGGGGCUGCCGGGUUAGAACACGGCAAGCAUCUGUGCGGCGGUUUUUCCGCGGGGCACCUCGGAGCUAUCUGCUCGCAGAAUAACGUCAUGGGGACGCCGCUGCCCAUCUCUUCGUCCCCGCAGUUCAACCCGCAUCUGGUGAUGGCUCCUACCGCACCGCCGGGCCUCCUGCAUAUCUCCCCGCCUAUGGCUGUACCUACGUCGGCACAUACUUCUGUUCUCUACCACCACCCUGGGUUGCCGACGGCGAUGCACGGGCGACCGGUGGACUACCACAGGGGGCGGGGCAAACAGCGUCGCCACCGUACCAACUUCACUACCCAACAACUUGAAGAAUUGGAGAAGGCCUUCCAAAAGACUAGAUACCCCGAUGUCUUCAUGAGAGAAGAGCUGGCGAUGAAAAUCAACCUGACUGAAGCAAGAGUUCAGGUAUGGUUUCAGAAUCGCCGAGCGAAAUGGAGAAAGGCAGAGAAAGCUGCAGCUGCGAGUGAAGGCGGACAAAGCACCUCGGAAGGAAGUACAGCCACUGCUAACUCUCCUGGAGGUAGUAAUGUGGCCCGUAGUCCGCAGUCGAGUGCCACGGAGGCUGCAACUCCAAGCGAUACCGGCACCCCUACUAAUCUUUCUUCCUCGACCACAUCUCCUUCAGUCUCCUCCCAGGCGCCUCUCUCCUCUAAUCCUCUCCCUCCCAGCCCAGCCAGCCCCUCCAUAAAACCAGAGCACAUGGAGCAGUGGACCCACUCUCCACCCUCCUUUGCUCAGAGCUUUGCGUCUCCGACCAGCCCGGCUUCAGGGAGCAUCGUAUCGCCGCACACUGCGUCCCUUCCUUCUCCCUUCACCUUCCCACCUUCUCACAGAGCACCUCCACAAAACAUCCCCUACUCUACUUCCACUCUCCCCCUGUCUGUGAUGGGUCACCAGUCCAUUCCGUACUCCCUCUCCGGAACGUAUGCGGGACCGGGACAGCAGUCCAUUCCGAGAUAUUCCCCACACAUCUAGUCACCCAAAUUUAACCUUCAAUGAGCCUCUCCAUUUUUAAUCACUGACGGCAAAAAUCUCAACAAUGAACUUUGAAAUUACAGCAAUAAUUUGUCACCGAUCGAACGGACUCCUCAUGUUAUUUAGAUAUUUAUGUUCCGAUACAUUACGUCACCCCAAAAUUACGUGGUCUCUUAUAUGCCACCACAUGCUACUUACCACCACCACCACCAUGGUAUAUACUCAUACAUCCACGCUACUCAAUUGGUGUAUAUACUGCAAUAAUUAUAUAUUAGAACGAAAAUAAUUAUACACACUUAUGCGGUAUUAUGAUGUGUUAUGAGCUGCCAACCUUAUGCAAUAUAGCCGACAAUUAUGUGUGGUAUGCAUACACCUAAAACAGUAAUAUAGAUGGUUGGAAAGUGUUUGGAGAAAAAUCCAGUAUUAUUUCAGAACGGACGAGUUUUGAUCUGGGCGUGG